CAUGCGGAUGCCGGAGCUGCAGGCCGAGGUGGCGAGCUACGACUUGGAUGUGCGCGACUCCACGUGCGACCAGCUCCGGGUGAUCUUGCGCGCGCGGAGGGCCGAGGGCCGCGAGAGCACGCCGCAGGACGACUACAUCCCGGGGCUCGGCAAGAAGAACAAGGAGGAGCUCCAGCAGCUGUGUCGGGACCGCCACAUCGAGUUCGACCAGCGCACGCCCGUGCCGGAGCUCAGGCAGCGCCUCAAGGGCUGGAAGGUCGAGGACGCGGUCAGCAGUGCCGCGGCGACGGUGGCUCAUCCGAGCUCACAGAUUACCGGGGCCGACAAGAUGCGCUUUGGCAAGUGCCCCACGGCGGACUACCGCGGGUGGGUAAAGGCGCACGGAGUGCAGCCCCUUCCCCCGGAGAAGGCCAAGACCACCUUGGAGGCAGUGAUGGCCGAGGAGCCGCACGAGAUGGACACCAGCGACAUGGGUUUCGAGAAGGCGGGCGAGACCGACAAGGAGGAUCGCCCGAGCGGCUCCCGGGAACCUCAGCAGAGCAGGGACGAGGCGGCGGUGGCCGCCAGGACGGGCAUCAAGAAGGGCAAGCGCGUCGGCCUCCUCUACCAGGUCACGGGCUUGCUGAGCGCCUUCGCCUUUCAGACGGUGCUCACCGCGGACUGGCUGGCUAGACCUCUCAAGCCCGUGGUGCAGCAUGCUACCAGUGCUGCGCGAGACGUGGUCGACCACGUCCAGGACGUCAAGGAGGCCUACAGCGUUCGCAGCCACCGCGUGGACGUCAUGCAGGUGUUCGGAGGCGAAGGCGGCAUCACCGAGGCGGCGUGGAAGCGCCGGAGGACGGCCGCAGAGGUGAUCGACCGCAAAUACGGAUGGGACUUACGCGAGCAGAAGGACCUCGACGCGACGUACGACCUGUACUACGCCUCAAGGCCGAAGUUCGUGUCAAUCGAGCUACCCUGCACCCACUGCACGAACAUCGCGCACCUCAACUUUCGGACGCCGCAGGCCAGGCAGGCGCUCCGACGGAUCUGGAGGACGGAGCGGCCGUUCCUUUUAUUGGCCCGCGACCUCUUCAAGUACCAGCUCGACUCUGGCGACAUGGCCAUGAUCGAGAACCCGGCCACCAGCCGGCUCUGGACACAGCGCGCGAUUUUGGAGAUACUGGCAGAUGAGCGCGUGCACCAGGUGAGGUGCGACAUGUGCGAGUACGGAGCUCGACGCUACAAGACGGGGGGGCUCAUCAAGCACCCCGCGAAGCUGCUCGUUACCCACAAGGAGUUCGAGCAGCUGAAGCGCACCUGCAGCCACAAGCACCACGACCAGACCUUUGGGGACAACGUGGCGGUGCGCAAGUCUGGCGUUUAUCUCGCUAAGUUCUGCAGAGCGGUGGUGCGCAUUGUGGAGCAGGUGAUUCGCCAGCAAAGAGGGCAUCGCGCCUACCAGGUGGACUGCCAGUCGCACCCGUCGCCCUUCAUCGUGACAGUGCCCAGGGAGCAGGCCACCGCCUACGUAAACGACACCGCGCCCCUGGGAGAGACGGGCGAGCUUGAUGGGGACCCAGACCCCAUGGGCGGCGGAGACGACUUCGCCGACACUCACGACGUGCGGGCCGAAGAUACUGUGGACGGCAGGAUCGGGGUCGGCGCGAUUACUUUCACAAAGAAAUCAGCGGCCUGCUGCAAGCCAGCCGAGCUGGCCAUGCUCAAGAGACUCCACGUCAACUUGGGCCAUCCGUCUAAUGAAAAUUUGGGCCGCAGAUUGCGCCUCAAAGGCGCUAAGUCGGCCACCGUCCAGGCCGUCAAGGGGCUGAUCUGCGGUGUGUGCCGCUCGCAGCAGCGCCCGAGCGCGAGGAGGCCAGCGCGCCUCCACUUCGUGCAAGAUUUUGGAGACGACGUCGGCUUCGACUGCUUCGAGCUCAAGGACGUCGACGGCAAGAGCUACUGGUACUUCAGCAUCGUCGACCUGGCCACCACCUUCCAUGUCGCGACGCUGAUCGAUCGCCACACCAGCCAGGAGUUCGCUGCCGCGUUCGAGAGGUGCUGGGCCUCCUGGGCGGGCGUACCCGACCGAGUUCACUUCGACAUGGAGAAGGGGUUCGGCGGCGCCCUCAGCGAGCUGUUCCAGUCAUUCAACACGGUGCAGCUGCCCAUCGCUGGUCAGGCACAUUGGCAGCUCGGUCGCGUGGAACGCCAGGGAGCUUGGUGGAAGGAGCUCGCGGCGAGGACGAUCGAGCACUCGUCGAUCAGGGUCGAGGACGAGAUGCGGACGCUGGCCAUCAUGGUAUCGGGCGCGAAGAACUCGCUGAGAAGGCGAGCAGGCUUCAGCCCCGCGCAGUGGGUGCUGGGACGCGACCCCAAGAUGCAUGGAGACCUAGUCGACGACACCGCCAACUACAGCGCCCACAGCCUCGCGGCCAACGACGAGAAUAUUCGCCGCCGAUAUGCCAUUCGGACGGCGGCGCGCGGGUCGUUCAUGAGGAUGCAGAACGACGACCAGCUCCGGCGAGCUAUGCUGGCUCGCGCGCGCACGGUGGCGACGCCCUUGUCAGUGGGCGAGAUGUGCUACGUCUUUCGCCAGGUCAAGAAGCAGGAGCAGCGGGAGCAGCACAACCGCAACGCCAAGAAGGGCAUCUGGCGAAGGCCGUGCGUAGUCAUCGGCCACCAAGGCGAGAACACCUGGGUCUCGCUAGGAGGGCGCGCCAUGCUGGUGGCCCCGGAGCACAUCAAGGCACUCGCUCCGGACGACGUCUGGUUCCCGAACGGCAGGGGCGAGAUCGGUCAGGCCGUGGCCGAGCUCAACCGGGCUCGCGACUCGCUCGAACAAGAAGAGGCUCAGGUGGAGGACAUCCGCUCGGCGCCUGGCGAGCCCGAGGUCAAGCCAGACGAGAUGGAGCAGGCGUGGCGGGAAUUCAUCGACAACCCGGACGACAGCGACCUCAAGCUGAACGUCUCCGAGGAUCCGCCCCAGCAGGACCAGAUCCAGGUGCUGCCCGCCGACGUGCCGCAACAAGCUGAAGAAGAGCGAACCUACGGCCCUGACGAGUUCCGACGACGUCCAGCUACCUUCGACGGAGGGGGCAGCGGCGACUUCGGCCCGGCCUUCAAGCGACUCCAGACUGAGAGGGAGCACGCAGGCUCUGGCGCCCUGCCCGCAAGGGCAACUUCGCGGGACCGCGCGGCGGCCCCCGAUCAGGAGGCAGCGGCCGGACCCGAAGCAGGAGGAGCCCGCCAACGUUCGAGGUCGGCUCCAAGACAAGUAUUGCAAACCUCCAUCGUGACCGAGAGGAUCAAGCGCAAGCAGACCGACAAGGAGAUCCACUGGAGGGCCAUCAAGGACUCUGAUCGGGAGCUCUUCAGGGAGGCGGCCGCCAAGCAGUGGAGCGAAGGGCAAAAGUAUGGCUCUUGUCAGGUACUCUCCAUCGAGGAGUCCGAGGCGAUCAGGGGCAUGAUCAAGCCCAGCCUCAUCCUGCCCAGCCGGUUCGUGUACCGGGACAAGAACGCCCCGCUGCGGACCGACAAGCGUCCGCUGCCGGGCGACCGGCGGACGGACGCGCCCACGGUCACCCGCAACUCGACCAUGCUGUUCUUCACCAUCUGCCAGAGGUUCGACCUGGAGAUCUACGCGGCGGAACAGCUGCGCAUGGCCCAGCCUCGCGAAGGUUUGCCUGGGCCGAGCCCGAAGCAGCUGAUCAAAAUCCUCAAGGGAGUUUUCGGGCUGGCCACGGCACCGAGACAAUGGUGGGCGAAGCUCAAGAGGACAUUGCUGGCGGUGGAGGAGAAGCUGAGCGACAACUACGUGUUUCGCCUACACCAGCACUCGCUAGACCCAGCGCUGUACUACGGCUACGACCAGCACGGUGAGCUCUGUGCGGUGGUGGUCGCCCACGUGGACGACUUGCUGCUGGGGAUCUCGCGCAAGUACCCGGGCCUCUACGACAGGCUUCACAAGCUUUUGCCCUGGGGCGACUGGCGAGGCUUGCCUUUUACCUUUUGCGGCAAGCAGGCCUGGCGAGAUCAAGAGGAAGUGCUACAUCUACGACAGACCGAGUACGCGAACACCAUCGAGGAGACUCCGCUCAGCAAGGAGCGCAAGACGGACCUGUCGUCAGAUGCUACGCCAGCCAAGUUCUCGGACAACCGCUCCGCACUCGGAGCGCUCGGGUGGCUUUCAUCGCAGACUCGUCCCGACCUGGCAGCUGGAGUGGCCAUGGGGCAGCGGACCCAGAACAAGCCCACCAUCCAGGACUUGCUCGAGACGAACAGGCUCAUCAAGUUGGCGCGGAAGCACGCGGACGUGGGUUUGGAGUUCCCUAAGUUACGUGGACCUCUGUGCCUGGUGACGUACCACGACGCCAGUUGGGCCAACGCUGACGAGCCAGCUGAAGGCGCCAUCUCCAAGUUGCUCGCCAAGACCGUGGGGGCAACCAGUAAGGACAAGAAGAUCAAGAUUCGCUCGCAGGCUGGCUACGUGAGUUUUCUCGCAGAAGCCAAGCUACUACGCGGAGAUCUAGCUCGAGCAGGAAUUUCUUAUUGGAGAUCGGGCACCAUCAAGAGAGUUUGCAGAUCUACGUUGGCAGCUGAAGCGAUGUCGGCAGUAGACGCUCUAGGCUGCGCUCAGAUUACACGCUGUGCUUUCGCUUCGCAAGAGAUUCCGGAUGCCCAUCCAUGGGACAUCCCGCCGAGUCUGUUGACGCUCGCUCAGGUCACAGAUUGCGCCAGCUUGUACGAUACGAUGCAUAAAGACGGUUAUUCCAAGCUCCCGUCAGAGCGGCGCCUUUUGCUCGACCUAGUGGGCCUCAAGGAGUCACUAGAAGAGGAAGUUAGCAACGAGUUU